AUGUCAUCAAGUCAUUCUUCCAGCGGCUCUGAUGAAGAGCCUAUUGAAACCAUCGGAUAUACUUUCAAGCCAUCUCAGCAGUCGUAUCUUCGAGAGAAGCUCGACGGUUAUGUUGCUGCGAGUGGAAAGAAACGCGGGCAGUACGUGAACCAGGUGGCAACGCACCUUCGGAAAGAACUCCAAGAAGCCUCCGGAAAACAAAUGUCGGUUGAAGAUGCUCGCCUGCUGAAAGAGGCGAGCUGUUUUGGUUCCCAUUUCCCGAAGCCUGCGUUGACGUAUAUCCGACAAGAACAGGGAGUUCGGGCGUGGUUCAGGGAAAGGUCCGGUCAAACCAAGACAAAGAGGAAGAAACAGAUAUGGGAGUCACGUUGGAACAUGCGCUUGGUGUUUAUGAGGCUAAAUGCUGCGAAGAUCAAAGCUUUGGCUCAGCAACUGGCAGUGGAAGGGGAAGAUGUUGACGUGGACGAUUUUUUGGAGGAAUGGGAGGACGGGGCCGACGAGGAUGGGAAGGCAGGGCGCGAUCCCAGUAGAAAGGGUACGAAGGGGAGCGGGGAGGAAGGCUGGUUUUUUGACUACUACCAGACCGCCGCAACUGCGUUGAUUUCCCGGCUCAGCGACAAGGAAAGGGCGCAGUACGCGGAGAUAGCCGCAAGGUGGAAGGAACAGGGCCCCCCACCCAAUGAGCAAAGCAAACUGGCAGACAAGGCAGCCACCAAGACGGCCUAUUCAUUUGCGGAACAUUUACACAAGGGUUUCAAUGGCGUCUGUGUGAUGCUCAUGGGGUGGCAGGCAGAAGACGGCACUCCAACAGCCGUUAAGGUUGACUUCAACCGUGAGUUAGGUCGAUCGACGGGGUUCAUUGAGUUGCACCAGAAGAAGUUCAAGUCCCUUUUCCAAGAGUUCAAAGGGUACGUCUGGCAGCUCUACAAAGAGGAAGAUGACGACCACGACGACGAAACUGUUCGGGUCCGGAACCAGAAAAGGGACCUAGUACCAAUGAAGACCAAUGAUUACGGGGAGCCUUUGCUCCCUAGCCCAACCUCGCGCAAACCAGGAGAGACCCGAGGUGAUUGGUAUUCGGAUAGGUUGAGAAGCUUUUUCAUCUACCACUAUGCUGUCUCGUCCGGGAUGAAUCCGGGUAGCUUCUGUUUUCCUUGGGGAAGGAUCCUCCAGCAUCCAAGGCUCUUCAUCAAAGAGAAAUGGCUGCCGGAUAGAUACCUUGACAAGCUCAAGGAAUUGUCGGUCAUGUCUGUGGGAGACAAAGUAGACCUGUACGACUACCUAUACUCCCGCCAGGCGGAAGCUACCCGAGACGGGUCGUCCGAUGCGCAGACGUUCGAGAUUUCCGCCUAUCUCGAUGGUUCGAAGGACGUGAAGCCCCGCAAGCCUCGGUCCAAAAAAGGGGAGAACGAUGACGGGUCCAGCGAGCUCGAGAUGGAGCGCUUCAUUGCCCGGCUUGAAGCAGAGAACGGACAAAGGGAAGCAUCUGGAAAGAGUGGGGUUGACGGCCGCGGAAAGGGAAAGAGGGGCAGCAAGCCAAAACCAAGGACAGCAGGAAAGGGUGAUGAAUCGAAGGGAACUAAAGGGAAGAAAAAAGCGGAGUUAGAGAAGGAGAGAAGUGACCGCUCAAGGCCCGGGAACGGGAAUGGCGAGGUUGGCGUCAAGCGUGAAUUGGUUGAAUUAGAGGAGGGAGAAGAAGAUUUUGACUACACUGGCUGGGACAACGAUUUUGAUGAAGAGGAGGAUGCAGAGGAGUUGUCGGUUGCAAAGCGCAAGAGUCCCAGCCCACCGAAAAAUCCUUAUCUGCUGAGAUUUGCCAACUGGAAGCAGGAUUUCGACCGUGACAGCGAAGAGGAGUAUUCAGGGCACGAAGAUGGUGGUAGAAAUCAAGGCGAGUGGGUCGACAAUGGCUACAAUGAAUGGGAAGAUGACACUCAAGAUGGAGGAAAUGAUGAAGGCGAUGAUGAAGAUGAAGGCGAUGACGAAGAAAACGGGUACAGCGAACAGGAAGGUGAUGAUGGGGGGGAAGGUGAAUACGCGGAAAAAGGUGUCAACGAAGUGGAACGGGAAGAGGGCGAGGUUGAUGAGGACGGUGACGAUGAAGGUGACGCCGAUGAAGAAGAUGAAAACGAAGAGAGGUGGGACGACGAAGAGAGGCGGGACCGCCGUCGGCGGGUACAGGAUGGAAUUGAGUCAGAAGACCACGCUGCAAAUGAUCCCCUGGAGAGGAAAACGAGGUCGCGUUCCAGAGAGCUGCAUUCUUCCUCUAAUAGAGAGGGGUCGACUGGCGCCCAAAAGAGAAAGACCCGUUCGAGAUCCAGGCAACCAGACCCUGCCUCUGACGACGAGGCGCCCUCCAGUUUCAAGGGUAUUCGAACCCGCCGUCAACGAAGGGAAGGAUCCGUACCGAAAUCGAUUUCCCAGAUUCGAUCGACGACUUCGAAGAGCCAAAACCCAGCUUCACAAGCCGUCAAGAGAAAGGCGGAAGGGCUGGCAAUGGAGCGAACUCCGAAGCGUAGGGCGUCAGCUCAACUGCAGGAGCGGCGCACCAGCCCUAGGAAAGCAGCUCGCAGUGCAGCCAGGUUGGAGCCCGCAACACCCACAAGGAGCUUGUCAAGCAGGUCGCGCUCACAAGCUCCCGAAUCGACGGCACAGUCUCGCAAAGCCGCAACUACAAGAACAAGAAGGCCUGGUGGGAGGGCAAGAUAA